CUGCUCGCUCUCCAGGAAGGGAUGGCUCGCCCAGCGCACCGGUCUGCGUGAGCGAGAGCGCCUUUGCCCAGCCGCUUGCUCUUCCCCAGCCGCUGGAAGGAAACCAUGGUCUGGAGGAGCCCCCUACUACGACCAAGGUCUAGAUAAUGUGCUAGCCUCCCUGCCAGGCGUGGGGCGGCUAUUUUUAGAAACCCGGGCGCAAUUUUGUUUCCCUCCCUUUGCAAAGCCAGGAGUAGAAGAGCCGUGCAGGGAAAGAGAGCUAAGGAGGCACCGCCGCGCGACACCCCCCCUGGCGGAGCGACCCGGGUGGCCAGCACAGCAGGAGCCUUUCCACUGCCAAGCAAGCGCCCAGGGCCCGCCAACCUUCUUGUACAAGCAUCAGGGUGGAGACCAAGGUAGCACCUGACCCAAAGACUUCCACCAGCAGCACUGGAUGAGAAUUCUGCCUUUGGCUAGAGCUCACUAACACGGCAUUAUGGAUUUUGUGAUGAAGCAGGCCCUAGGAGGGGCCACCAAGGACAUGGGUAAAAUGCUGGGGGGCGAAGAGGAGAAGGAUCCCGAUGCCCAGAAGAAGGAGGAAGAGCGGCAAGAAGCCCUGCGCCAGCAGGAAGAGGAGCGCAAGGCAAAGCAUGCUCGCAUGGAAGCUGAACGGGAAAAGGUUCGACAGCAAAUCCGAGACAAGUACGGCCUGAAGAAGAAAGAAGAGAAAGAGGCAGAGGAGAAGGCGGCCCUGGAGCAGCCAUGUGAGGGCAGCCUGACCCGCCCCAAGAAAGCCAUCCCAGCAGGCUGCGGGGACGAUGAAGACGAGGACGAGGAGAGCAUCCUUGAUACGGUGCUCAAGUACCUGCCGGGCCCACUGCAGGACAUGUUCAAGAAGUAACUCCACUCCAGCACCCAGCCCCACCCAUGGCUCCCUGGCACCGCUGACUCAGCGCUUGGGUUGGGGGUCCUGGUGGGGAGGGGAUUUCCAUUUCCUUUUGACUUCAUUUGACUCUUCUGUUUGUUCCAAGGGGAGACCCCUACACAUAGCCUUGUGCCAUGGGGCCCCUGUCCAGCCAGCCCCUUUGCCCCCAGGAGAAGCACACCAGGCACGGGACCUGCUCCCCUCCCUCCCUCGCUCCCCAUCAGACCAAAAACCACACUCACCUGCUGUGCUCCCUGGAGCCACACGUGAGGCACUGCCGGGAGCCUGGCUCCCCACCCCACCCCGCCCUCGCCCCUUCACUGUGCAGAGCUGGAGUUCUCUUGUGCCCAAGUGCCAGCUGGCUACCUGGUAAUAAACCCCUGGGUACAGCACUGGGGGGUGGGGGCAGGGAACUGGGACCAAAUUCACUUAAUGCAUCCUCACGGGGUGCUGGGGAGGGGCCAAUGGAGGGGAGCCAAGGCUCUGCCCAAACCCAGGCCCCCCUCAAGCUGACUGCCAGGGAGGGGUCAUCUGCCCAUUCCCCUCCACCACACUGCUCCUGCCUAGCCCCUUGGGGCAAAGCCAGCCCCUGACACAUUCCAUUUUGGACCAAUUGGAGCAUUCCCUGCCCCUAAUCCUAACUUCCAAGGGCUGUUGGCACCUAGAAUUGUCUAUCAUUUGUUUUGCGGGGGGCCAGGGGAUCUCCUUUCUGGAAGGAAUCAAACUUGCACCACAAACAGAAAAUUGUGAGGGGAAAGCAAAAGCUGUGACCCUGCAACUAUUUCCAACCCAUACCGAUGUUCACAGGAGAGCACACACACACACACACACACACACACACACACACACUUCCAUGGCCCUGCUAGGGCUGGUAAGCAAGGGCCUGCAGGCCAAGUUCGCAGCCCUGGCCUGACCUCAGGAUCCUUGGCAUCUUGAGUUGUAAGACCCCUUGCUUCCCUCGUGUAUAUGGGGAAAGAGGAGGAUGUUUUCAUCCCAGCUUUCUCAGCCAUCUUGGUUUGUUCCUGCUGAUCUUUGACUUUCCAGCUGCUGUGGUGUUUCACCCCCCAAGUGCCAUGUGGCUGCUGUAGAUGCAGAUUACAGAGGAGGAGGGCCAAGGCAGAAGUCAAAUUAUUCUUCCUGCCAUGCCCUUUCAGCUGCUGCUCUUGGGGAAGCUAGGCACUACGAGCCUGCUUCAGAAUUCAGGAGACUGCUCUAGCCAAGGGAAAGAGGAAAGGGUCAUCUACUUCCAGCCCCAAUUGGUGGGGCAAACGAUCCAGCCCUGGGAGAGUAGCUGCCUGCAUUCCUAUUGAUAGGGAGCCAGAGGAUCAUCUCCUUCCCUGAAGCGGACCCAGCUGGAUGUCAAAAAGAACCCAGGAGCUCUGGGGCAGAACGGAUUCAUGGCAGCAUGGGAGUAACCUGUUUCUUGGGACUGGUGGCCUCAACCCAGGUCCUAGCCAAGCCUUGGCCUGUGCUUCAGCCGGUAAGCUGAAUCAGCUCUGGUAUCUUAGCCCAGGCCCCCAGAUAUGUGAACACGGUACUCCGAGGUGCGUCACACCUACUCAGAUGUCCACAUUCCGUUUGGUGCACAUGCUCAACUGCACCUGUAAUACACUCAAAUAAUGUUACAGGAGCACAGACACAAAUCCUAUCUGAAUUGCUGUUGCUCCCAUGAUGUAAACAUCUUUUUCCUUUACAUACUUCCCUAGUUUCCCCCUUAACUGGAGAAAUGCCAAGGACCUCCCCCAAUACACACACACACACACACACGCUCCCCUUUGCUGUGCUGUUGUUGUAUUCAGUCCCUGCCUGCUGCUCCCCAAUCCUCCAGAGGCACAAAAUGGGGCAACUAGGACACGAGGGAGAAGCCUCACUACUGGCUGGUCUGCCGCCCCCUGCCCUAAGCCAACAGUCCUUGGCCACCAAUUGAAAGCACAGUCAAGGGCCCAACCUGCCUUGGGGGGAUUCAGUGGCUCUCAUUUUACAUUUAUUUGUUUGGGAGGGAAGGUCCCCAUUGUUCCCCAAGGUUUCCUGGUGCCCGGGGGCUUUUGCUUUUGCAUUGGGUUUGAGUUCGAAUUUGGGAGAUGUCUCCCUGCAUCCAGCAUCCUUCCUUCCUUCUUUCUUUCCUUCCUUCUUCCUUCCCUCCCUAAUAGUUAAAGCCAUAUCAGUUAGACUGCAAUACUAUCAACACUAAAAACUCUGCGGGCCGCGCUCUCUCAUCUUGUACAAAUGAGCGUCCCGGGGAUGGGGGCCCUCCAUCGCCCCCUUGCCCGCUUGUCCGUGUCUCUGGCCACCUGCCACGUGGCCCAUCUGUGUUUUUACAUUGGUGUCUCUGUAACAGGGUAAAUCACCCCAAUGCCUGCCAUCUGUCUUAUUGUCUCUGCUAGUCACUCACUAGAUGGUCACCAUAUGGCCCCAUGGAGCUGAGGGCAGAGGGGCCAUAGGCAGAGGGAAGAGGGGGGACCAGGCUGGAGGUGGCAAGGGGCCAGUCCAUGAGUACCGUGUUGGUCAACAAGUCAUUUGCUACGGCUGAUCAUUGUGUGCGCAAUCAUCUCACAGGGCACAGAGUGGGAUGAUCCUAUGGAGUGACUGGACCAGCGGGAGUUCUGGAAGCUUUAUGCUGGUUGCUUGCCGGUAGGCUCUGUGCCAAUGUGGCACUUGUCUGCCUGAGUUCACACACUUCCAUUGCCUACUUGACUGCAAUAAGUCCACUUCUCACAUGGGGCAAAGGGCUGAUGCUGGAGCCAGCCUCCCACCCUAAGGUGGUGCUGCUGCAGCUCUCGGUUUAUAUUUUUACCACGGCACUCUCUGAUUAGCGAUCCCCCAUCCCACCCACAGAGUGGGCUGACAGGGAUGCCAGUGAGCCCCUGGCUGUAUGUAUCUCACUGCCUCCAAGAGUUCUGCUGACCUCAAUGGCCUAUCCCGUGCAAGAGUUAAAGACAAACAUUAGGUGUUGCUGUUUACAGCAAAGGACAUUGUCCAAGGCGUUGGAGGGAUUUGGGCAGACCGUGCCCAAUCCUAAACAACAGGAUUAAACCUGGCUUCACUGUGUAGGAAACUCAGUGGGGCCACUUGUACCCCUGCUCAGACUACCUUUGUGGAAUGUGAAGCACAGCAGUUCAGCUUCACAUCAAAAGGCAAAGGCCAUAGGAGAUAUGCCCACACUGCCUCACCUCCCCAUUGGAGGGUUUCUCCUCCUGGAAAUGAAGGCAAUGCUGGCAUGAGAAGGAGCCACAACACAGGCUCCUCCUUCCUGUCCUCAGGCUUCUGACGUUCUUCAUGUCACAAGAAGCUGGGCUGCAGGGGCUCCCAUGCCACACAAGUGAUCCAAGAAGAAGGCCCUUGUUGGGUGGCCCAUUACCAUGAAGAGGUGAACAUCAAGAAGCAGCUUCCAAUCUGAAGUGUCUGUGCACUUCAGUGUUUCCACGUGCAAGUGUGUGUGUGUGUGUGUGUGUGUGUGUGUGUGUGUGCAUGCGCGCGCGUGAGAGAGAGAAUGAGAAUGAAUGAAUAUGGGAACACAUAUAAUGGCAGGUUUUUGUUUUUAGUUUUAUUUAUUUAUUUAUACUAUUUCCCCAAUCCCUCUCCAUUUUCAUCUUUAUAGAGUAUGUAAACCCUGCAUCUAGAUCCUAGGAAGAUUUAGGCAUUUUAGGGCCCAGAACCCCCACUGAAAGUCUGCUUGUAUCUUUCCAAUCACGUGUAUGUCUGUAGUUGUGUAUGAAAAUCCCUGCAGAGGGGCAGGAAUGACCAUUUGCUUUCCUGCAUGCCUGAAGGAGCAGGCUGUGUGUGUAUGAUUGAGAUUGUAAGAGCAGAGGACCAACUAUUCCUUUACAAGGUUUGUGCAUAUGAAUGUGUAAGAAAGUGGGCAGAGUUGAUUCAGAAGAAUGCAUGGGGAUGUGCUAGUCUUGGGCGGGGGUUGGGGGAAAGAUGAAUGUGUUGGCAUACAACAAGGGAAAAUGCUUGAAUCUCUCUGUUCACCAGUUUAUCCAUCAUGGUGUGCCCAAGUGUACACUCCAUUUGUUUUCCAGUUGUUUCCAAAGCUGGGCAUCCCUCAGGAGCUCAACACUGGCACAGAGGAAUUGAUCCCAAUCUCCAGAUGCCUCCCUGUCCUCUCCCCAGUCUGGUUACGAGCAUUGCCAGAGGGGCCCUGCAUCCUUCCCACAUGCAUGGAUUUCCCUUUGUCUGCUUGCCUAUCACUACCUGUAUGCGGGAGCCUACUGCCCUAUGCACUGACCUAUCAGACUGUGUGAACCAUCCUGCAUUGCUCAUGCCAUCUGCUUUCUAGAGUCAUUGUGUCUUAUUGGCUAGUCCUCAUCCCACCUGCAUCUGGGAGGGGCUUCUAUCACACUGAUGGAGCGAAGUAUGCUAAAUGGGAUCCCCAAAGGAAAGAUCCAGUGCAAACAGAGCACCCUGUGGACCCUUCAGGUUAAAGCUGCUGGGGGACUUCUGUCUCCCACAAGAGAACCAAAUGGCCAGGCUGCAUGGUUUGAACCCUAGGCUAUGGAGUGCACCACUUCUGAGCUGUUGGCCUUGCACCCUUCAGCCUUUCAUUUAACCUGGGGGCAAACAGGAAGCUGGGAACUCCCCUUUCCCUGCCCAUGUGGGGUGGAGGAUGCAGGCAAAGGGGCAGUGAAGAUUCGAGGGGCUCCAUCCGUCCACGCUAUGGUGACCAUCCUGCUCUAACUAAUCUUUGAAGAAAUAAUAAAGAAAUUUGUACAUUG